UUUCCCAUAUAUCCCCUGGCCCCACAUGUGCAUGACUUCCGCCUGUUAUCAAGAUCCUGCACUAGGAUGAAACGAGUUAAAAAGCACUCCCUUCCACCGACACGUUAUCACCUGGGUUCACAGCUACCUUGAGGUUCGCUUAGCUGUGGACAGCUGUGUGCUUAAUGACAUGUGUCCACCACGGUGUUCACUGCCUUGGAAACCCGCUGUGCUCCAUGCGGUCAUCGCUCCCUCCCUAACUCCUGGGAUGCUUGAAGAUGGAAAGAAAUUCGAUUCCUCCCGGGACAGGAACAAGCCCUUUAAGUUUAUGCUGGGCAAGCAGGAGGUGAUCCGAGGCUGGGAAGAAGGGGUUGCCCAGAUGAGUGUGGGUCAGAGAGCCAAACUGACCAUCUCCCCAGACUAUGCCUAUGGUGCCACUGGGCACCCGGGCAUCAUCCCACCACAUGCCACUCUCGUCUUCGAUGUGGAGCUUCUAAAACUGGAAUGACAGGAAUGGCCUCCUCCCUUAGCUCCCUGUUCUUGGAUCUGCCAUGGAGGGUCUGGUGCUCCAGACACGUGCACAUGAAUCCAUCCGGAGCUUUUCCUGCAGUUCCACUACGCCCUCUGUACAAAC